CCAAACUUGAGCUCCUUAAUUGUUCAAAAAAAAAAAUUACCUUAUUUUCUCUUAAAAUAACCCUACUUUUUUUUUUUUUUAAACACACAAAGUUCUUGGCGCUCUACUUAUAAUGUCGAAAGCUAUAGCCCUUUCUCCUCACAGUCCCGAAUAUAAGGGAAUCUCGGCACUAAACAUCAUUUACGAGGCUGGCCUCGACCGUGAUAGUCGACCUAUUUUAGUUUUGUGUGCAGAUAAUUUGCCCAAUCCAGAUAUUUAUGACUAUGAUUUGAUUUUAUCGUUUAUUAUGGGCAGACUUGAUGAAUUUGUGGAGAAUGAUUAUGUGAUGGUAUUCUUUGCUUCGCCUGCUCGAUACUCACCUGGCUGGUUCUGGUUAUUAAGAGCUUACAGAUCCUUAGACCGAAAGUACAAGAAGAAUUUGAAAGCACUUUACGUUGUUCAUUUAUCAAGAACUUACCGAUUUGUAUUUGACCUUGCCAAUAAAAUCAUCAGCCCAAAAUUUGCUCGUAAAUUACGCUAUGUUUCAAAUCUCCAGCUUUUAAAGAGCAGCAUUGAAUUAGCCCCUCAAUUUAUACCUCAACGUGUCAUUGAUCAUGAUCGCCAAUUACCCACGAUUCAGCAACAUGUAGAGCAACAGCAGAUACAGCGUCAAAGGAGACCAUUGCCUUCUUUAGCCUUUGGCAAGUCCUUGGAGGAUUUGGCCGCGCUGGAAGGCAAUACCUCUGCUGAUUUCGUGCCCAAGUUUGUCGUUCAAAUCGUCAACCACAUUAAAGAACACGGGCUUGAUAAGGAAGGUAUUUUCAGAAAGUCACCAUCGAGUGAAGAAUUACAAUCUGUCAAGGCUGCCUUUAAUAACGGCAUGAAGGUGGAUCUUUCACAACAUGACAUUGAUGUCUCUGCCGCUUUAUUGAAAGUCUUUAUCCGAGAACUUCCUGUCCCAUUAAUUGGGCUGAAGCUGAGCGAAGCCAUGGGAGCAUUACCAGAUGCUAGUAUUUGCACAAGUGACACAAUCCAAAAGGUGAAAUCGAAAUUGGCGUUACAUUAUGCAGAAAAGCCCAACCAUCUUGGGUUAUUAAAAUACAUUUGUCAAUUCUUGAGGUUGGUCUCUGAACAUGCAAACCGAAAUCGAAUGAAUACACAUAAUUUAUCGGUAGUGUUCACACCCAACAUGAUUCGAGCUGAAGAAGUGGCAUCCGCUGCUUACAUAAAUGUGCCUGAUACACAACAAUCGGCUUUGGCAGAUGCCGCUGUCUAUUUAAAGCAAAUGAACCAAGGCAUGGUUCUUGUUCAAUUAUUGAUUACUAAACACGACGAGAUAUUUUAAGUUAAAUAAUAAAAAAAAACC